CUCAAUAAUACGAGCCGCCGCUGGCCCGUCUGCUGACGCAAAAGAUUCAUCGCAGAACACCGGGAAACCUAUCAAACGAUUGCUCAAUCUCGUCUUCAUCUGGUGCAUCCCAAUCACCAAGCAAUUUCAAUUGUGCCUUUUCUUCCAAUUCAGAGUUCAAAUCAUUUGGAAGCAUAUCAGAAAGUGAGAAACAUGAAGAUCUAAUGUUUCAUGAUUUGUCAGAUGGAGAACAUAUAUGACUUAGUUGCCAGCAUCCCAGUGAUGGAAGCGAAUGAAACAGGAACGAAUGGUGAUAUUGAACAGUACAAGUGCAGUGUUGAUGAUAUGUCUGUAAGAAUUGAUCAACUUGAGCAGAGGUUUGCUGAAGUUGAACAAUUCUACUCAAAUGUGAAUAAAAAGAUGUCAAACACUCCAAAAGGUAGCUCAGUCCUGAAGGAUAUAGAAAAAGAGAAGCAGAUUGCUAAUUUUAAGAAGCGACAGCAAGAUGCAUCCCAUCGAGAGGCUGCUGCUGCCAAGAGAAUGCAAGAACUAAUUCGCCAAUUUGGGACAAUAUUACGCCAAAUCACUCAGCACAAAUGGGCGGGGCCUUUUAUGCAGCCUGUUGACGUUGUUGGUCUUGGUUUGCACGACUACCAUGAGGUUAUUGAGAAGCCAAUGGAUUUUAGCACAAUUAAAAACAAAAUGGAGGCCAAGGAUGGUUCUGGAUACAAACAUGUCAGAGAGAUAUGUGCAGAUGUUCGGCUGAUAUUUAAGAAUGCAAUGAAAUACAAUGAGGAAAGGGAUGAUGUUCACGUGAUGGCAAAAACCUUAAUGGGAAAGUUCGAGGAGAAAUGGCUGCAACUUUUGCCCAAAGUUGAUGAAGAGGAAGAAAGGAGAAAGAGAGAGGAAGAAGAGGCUCAAUUAGACAUGAAACUUGCGCAAGAGGCUGCUCAUGCUAAGAUGGCCAAGGAUUUAAGUAUUGAGCUUGAUGAUAUGGACAUGCAUCUGGAAGAGCUUAGAGAGGCAGUGCUUCAGAAGUGCAGAAAAAUUACUGUUGAAGAGAAGAAAAGACUCAGUGAUGCUCUCACCAAGCUUUCCUCUGAAGAUCUCAACAAAGCUUUAUUAAUUGUUGCACAAAAUGAUCCCAGCUUCUGCAUUGCAGAUGAGGAAGUAGAACUUGACAUUAGUACUCAGAGCGAGUCGACUCUAUGGAAACUGAAGUUCUUUGUGCAAGAUGUGUUUGAGGCUCAAGGAAAGGCUGGUGCUACUGAGGGAACCAACAACAACAAAAGCAACAACAAUAACCAAGCAAGCAACAAGCGAAAAAGAGAGACUAAUGACGCCCUGGUAAAGGCAUCACAGAAAAAGUGCAAGAAGCCUUAAGAGAGUUCAUUCUUAAGACACACAGUCCCAAUGUGGUCGCGUUGAAGGAAAGAAAGGGCAUUCUGCAAGUCCUAGCAAGUUUUGAUGGUAAUAACAUCUUUGGAGAGGGUGGUAUUUCCAUUGGAUUCUAGUGAUCCAUCCGUGUAAAUAAUGUCCCCAUCGUUCGGAUUUGUAGUUACCGCCGUUUAUUUGUUUCCCCGAGUAAGAGCUCUCUUUAGUUUAACUUUCAUCCUCUCAUUUUUUGGGUCCUCUUUAGAUAAUCUUUAUCCUUUCUUUUAUAGAAAGAAUUGUUGGUCUAUGUUUAUCCAUUCAUUUCCAAAUAAAUUGCAAAGUUAGACAACUUCAUAAGUUAAUUAUCUAUUUGAAGUGAAGGGUAAAUGUAAAAGAGGGAUAAUAAAUCAUGAAUUUGUUU